GCAUUUGCUGCUCGCGGCCCAGCUGAGAAAAACACGGCGGAUGGCGCAAGGCCGGGAGCGAGACGAAGGCCCCCACCCCGUUGGCAGCGCGUCCCUGUCCGUGAGAUGGGUGCAAGGAUUCCCUAAGCAGAAUGUUCAUUUUGUCAACGACAACACCAUUUGCUACCCUUGUGGGAAUUUUGUAAUAUUUAUUAAUAUUGAAACAAAGCAAAAGACUGUUCUCCAGUGUAUGAAUGGCAUUGUGGGCGUCAUGGCAACUAACAUUCCCUGUGAAGUUGUGGCUUUUUCUGACCGGAGGCUAAAACCUGUUAUCUACAUAUACAGCUUUCCUGGAUUGACCAGAAGGACCAAAUUAAAAGGCAAUGUUCUUCUGGACUACACUGUACUUUCGUUCAGUUACUGUGGCACCUACCUGGCUAGUUACUCCUCUCUGCCAGAAUUUGAACUGGCCCUUUGGAACUGGGAAUCGAAUGUCAUUUUGUGCAAGAAAUCACAACCUGGUAUGGAUGUGAGCCAGAUGUCCUUUAACCCCAUGAACUGGCGCCAGCUGUGCUUAUCAAGCCCAAGUACAGUGAGCGUAUGGACCAUUGAAAGAAGUAACCAGGAGCAUUAUUUCAAAGCCAAGUCAGUAAAACUACCUCUAGAAGAUGGCUCAUUUUUAAAUGAAACAGAUGUAAUUUUCCCCCAGUCGUUGCCCAAAGAUCCCAUCUAUGGUCCCGUGCUACCAUUUUCAGCCAUUGCCGGGCUAGUGGGUGAAGAGGCAGAAACUUUCAGGCCGAAAGAUGAUCUAUACCCUUUGCUUCAUCCAACUAUGCAUUGCUGGACUCCAACAAGUGACCUGUAUGUUGGCUGUGAAGAGGGCCAUCUUUUAAUGAUUAAUGGAGACACCUUGAAGGUGACUGUGCUUAAUAAGAUAGAAGAGGCACCACCAUUGGGAGAAAAAACUCUUAUCAGUCCAGUCACCUUGGUAUAUCAGAAGGAUGGAGUGCUUGCUUCUGGAAUUGAUGGCUUUGUGUAUUCUGUUAUUAUUAAAGAUGCAAAUUACAAAGUUGAGACUUUUCUUGAGAUUGAAAGUCCUGUGGAACAUUUGAAGUUUUCUCCCAGUUACAAAAUGUUGCUGAUUCAAACAGACAAGGGAUCUGUUUAUAUCUACACUUUUGGUGAGAAGCCAACCUUAGAUAAGGUCCUAGAUGCUUCUGAUGGGAAAUUUCAGGCAAUUGACUUUAUCACACCUGGAACCGAACACUUUAUGACACUCACACAAUCAGGGGAAGUUUGUGCUUGGUGGUUGGAGGAUUGUGCUUGUGUAAGCAAGAUUCAUCUGAAUACUCCAGCGACGGUUCUGGCGUGUUCUCCCUCCUCCCUCUCCGCAGCUGUGGGCACCAUGGAUGGCUCUGUCCACUUCAUCAGCGUGUAUGAUGUGGAGUCCCCUCAGAUAGUUCACAAGGCUUUUCUCUCUGAAUCGUCCGUGCAGCACCUCGUUUAUGACCAGCGAGGAAUGUUUCUGGUAGUUGGAACAUCAGAAGGAAAAGUCUUUAUUAUCAAUGCUAACCCAUCAAGCUCAUUUCAGAUUAUUGGAUUCACAGAGGUGGGCAGAGACAUUUUACAAAUAUCCACAGUGUCUCUUUUGGAAACAGACACAGUGGAAGUGAUGGUGCUCUCUCCACUUCCAGAAACAGGGAGAAGCAGACUGGAAAUGUUUACUCUGCCUAACAUAUCACUACAAGUUUCUGCAACCCUUGCUGAUGAAAGAGGGAGACUGAGAGAUGAAUUCAUUCAUAAGUACCUGUAUGAGAUAGAGCACAUGCUGUCCUCUGCAGUCUUGGACUUUCAAAAUAAACAAAUAUAUGGCUUCUGUUAUCAAGUGCCAUACAUCUGUAGCUAUCUUCUUCCUGAACAAGAACACCAUGGUGUUUGCAUUCUUAAACCACACCAAAAAAUGCAAAGCAGACAUUAUGGACCUGGAAUGCUCUAUCUAUCUUCACAUGGAUUGUGGCUUGUAACAAUAGCUAGAUGUGGAAUUCUGUGUAUCCGAGAUGCUUAUACUUUGGAAACAUUUGCUCGGUGUCGAAGCCAUUCUCACCAGGGACAUGGAAUUCAGUCAAUGAGGAUUUCAAUGGAUGGACAAGACAUUCUGGUGAAUGGGAGAGAUGAUGGCACCCUUGUCUACCUGAAAUGGAAGCAGUUUGGAGGAAAUUUAGCCAAUGAAAUUCUUGACUAUUGCCAGAAACUGUUAACUUCUCUGAGCAGCACAAUGGACAAGGAGAAUGAUUAUUUAAGUACACCACCAGAAGUUUCCUUAGAUUUGGGAUCCGAAUCUGAACACACAGAUAAGAGGUCAAGCAUUGACUUAUCAUCACAAGAAGAAUUAGUCCUAACUGAUAUUCUAAAGGAAACUUCCUGGAUACAACAAAAAAGUCAAGAGGCCAUCAAAAAGGAGGUUAAUCUGUUUUCCAAGAAAAGGAAAGAGAUAAAAAAAGGAAUCAAGGAAAUUACUAAAACUGUUUUGACUAUGAUGGAAGAAAAUGACACUGUAGAAAAUAUUGCAAAAUUAGACCUGCAGGAAUUUGGCCUGGAUCUUGAAGAAUUGGAAAGGCUUCAUGAUGAAAGUGAAGAAGAUGUGGCAAAGAUAAGAAAGGAUAUAGAGAUGCAUAACUUAGCCAAGAGAUAUUUGGCUGAACUUAUCAAAGAAGAAUGCUGGAAUUCAAUGGCUGUGAAAGGUCGAUCUCUUAAGUGCUUUCAUAUUCCCUGUGUGGUAGAGAACUUUCCAAUGAAAGCACGCACAGCUGAAGAGCUGAAAGAAUUGGAGAGAGUUUUGCAACAAAAGAAGAUUGAAGCAGAGUGUCUUAAGCUCCAUAAGGAAGUUGUAGAGAUUCAGUCUGCAGUUGCUUUGGUUAAAAAGCAUCAUGAAGAGGAUGAUGAAGAGGAAGAUGAAGACAAGAUUACAAAACAUACCAACUUGCCCAAUUACCUGCUUGGGAGUCUGAGUACUGAUUUUGGGGUAGAUACCUCUUUGUUGUCAAGCCAGUUGGAACUUCAUUCCAGAGAGGAAAAAGUCAACCAAAUUAUAUUACUGAAAGAUAUCAUUUACAAGGUAAAAACUGCUUUCAAUAAUGAGUUUGAUGUUGCAUAUAAACAAAAAGAGUUUGAAAUGGCACGUGUGAAGGAAAGAAAUGUUAGAAUUCAAGAAAUUAUUUUUGAUCUGGACUUGGAAGAAACAACCUGGCAACCAGAAUUUGAAAACUGUGAGAAGCCAGAGAGAACCCUUGUAGUGCAAGAUCAGGAGAUUACAGCUCAAAAACAUGUUAAGCCAUGGGAAAAAGUCAAAACAGAUUUGCUCAAGACCCGUGGAAUGGAUCAUUGGCUUCUGACACAUGGCACUGAUACAAGACUCCGAGCCUUAAUGGACAUGAUGGGAGGAGUUCUAGAAGUCAAGAAGGAAGACAUUUUGAGAAUGGUGAUUCCUCAACCUGCUUUCAUGGCAAAAUCAGAUGCUCUGUGGUCUGAAGAAGAAAGGAAACAAUUCAGAGAGUAUGAGAAAAAAGUCAGGGAGUUAAAUGAAGAAAGAGAUAAGUACAGAAAGUCAUUAGAAGCAGAAUUGAGGAAACUUCAAAACUCUAUUCAAGAAAGCACACAGUCAUUUGAUGAACAUUUGAAGAGACUCUUUGAAAGACGAGUGAAGGCAGAGAUGGUUGUCAACCAGGAGGAAUUGAAAAUAAAUAACCUUGUUUUUUCUUUACUGUUGGAUGAAGAAUUAAGCACCAGAGAAAAAUUCCUGAACAAUUACCUUACAAGAAAACAGCAGGAGAAAAGCCAGACUUCAGAAGCUAUCCGGAAAUCUAGAGAAGACUUCGAUAUGUACAAGGAGCACUAUGACAACUUACUGGCAGAAGACAAAGUUAUGGAUCGCAGCUUUAAAAAAGAAUUUUCUGAACUCUCCAGUCAUCAAGUGGAUAUGCUCUAUAAACUUUUUAAACGCCGACCAAGGAUUCCCAAACAGAAAACACACUCAGAUACAACAAGUAUUGUCCCUUUUGGAGAACGACCAGGAUCUGGCAAGCUGAAUAAGGACACCAUUGCCCAGUUAAUGAAAGCCAUGGAUGAGUUGGACAACAUUAAUAACAUGCCAGAAGGCUUAGAUCCCUCGGUCUGGGAACAUUUCUGCAUAACCAGACGAGCAAAAGUGGAAAAUGAACAAAAAGUAAAGCAGAAAGCAGCUGGCUUAGUGGAAAUGACGGCUUUUCUCCGGAAGAGAGUUGAGGAGGAUGAAAAGGUGCAUCAGGAGAUUGAGAAAGUGUUCCAUGAACUCAUCCUAUUACAGGAAGAGAAAGUGAAAUUCCAUUUGAAUUUGACAAUCCAAAUUCUUCUUAAACAAGGACAAGUAGAACUGGAGAAUUUUCAGUUAGUGCUGGAGUAUUCUGAUGCAAUUCUCAUCAACAAGAACAUAAUUGAAGACUUGAAUUCUGUGAUUCGGACACAAGGACAAAAGAAAGUUGCUAGCAUGAUGGAAAGUAAAGAUGUACACAAAGGAAUAUUUCAGAUUGAGUGGGAACAUAAGAAAAUGGAGAUGGAAAUGGAAGAUCUAAAUCAAAAGGCCUGGGAUAUUCAGAUGCUUUUCUUUUCAAGAGAUCGUCAAAAAUACCUAAAUGAACCAAACUAUGAGACUCUGAUUGCUAUUCAGAUUGGAAUAAUGGAACAAACCAUUGCUGUUUUAGAUAAGACUCACAAAAAGAAUGUGGAAAACUGCAAAAAGCUACUAAAAAAACUGGAAAAGUUCAGCAAUCAAAAAGAUGUAUCAAAUUACACCCUAAGCUGCAGUCUUCGAGAAGAGUUGGUAGCUGUCUCAGAGAGAAAAGACAUCUGUAAUGCAAUGGGGUCUAAACUGACUUGUGAAAAGAUUGACAAAGAACGAUAUGAAAACAUGAUGCAACAACAGAAGUUAAUAAAUCUUUCAAAACAACAAGCAGAACAGAUUUCAAUACUACAGGCUGAAGUUGAAAGAUUGAGAAUGAAAACAUUUCCGGCUCUUGUUCAAAUAUAAAAAUGCUGCCAGGAAAACACAAAGCCAAAUCAAUCAUUUAAAAAAUCAUUUCAUGUGGGUAAACUGAAUUCACUUUCCUUCAUACUGUGAAACUUAAGUUGCAUCUCCUCUUAGUUGCAUGUUUUAGAUAGCAAAUUGUUUAAUUUUAGCCUUAAUCAGUAUAGUACACAUUUUUGUCCUGCAUGAAUAAAUGUGUGAAAUAUCAUGAAUUGUUCUUUUUAUCCAAGAAUGAACAAGAUUCUGAGUCAAAAAG